AUGUCGUACUUUCGCAUAACACUUCACCGAUCUGCUAUCGGUCUGCCAGAACGCACGCGCGGCGUGUUAGCAGCGCUCGGCCUGCGCAAACGCUCGCAAACCGUGUUCCAGCCAGUAUCCUCGCAAUCGGCGGGUAUGAUCCUUAAGGUCAAAGAGCUAGUCAAAGUGUCCGAGGUCGACCGCGCACUUACACCUAAGGAGCUACGCGACGAGCGAAAACCGGAACCCGGUUUCUGGAUCGAGAAGGCCGUACCGCGGUGA